CUCACUUGAUAGGACCUUUAUAAAUGGAAAUUUUCAGUUCAUUAUCAUUCACAUUCAACUCCAUCCUCAUUAAGUAUCUACAUUCUUCAUACCCACAUUACCUACAUUUUCCAUUCCCAUAUUCUCUCAUCCAUUCAAACCUAUCAGAUAAGCUUAUACCCUUCAUUCCAAUCCCGUUGACAUCCCUAAAAGAUUGUCAUCAAUUUAGUUUAGUCACCUGGGUUGUUUUGUUUCAAUUUGAAGUGUGAUCGAUCAUUUCCCGCCUUCUACGAGCUACCUAAACUCAAUUCAGUGUCUACAGGAAAUGGGUACCCGUCAUUCUUUUUGAUUUAAAAUCUGUUAUUGUUGUUUUAAGAGCAAUCUCUUGGUUGUACUCUGCUUGUUUGAUAUAGUUUCAUACAUCAGCGUAUUUCCAAAAAAAAAAUUCAAGUGGUGAGGAGUGUUUGGUCUUCUUUUAUGGCUAAAUUGUUCUCCGAAGGCUCGCUGCAUGCUCAGGGUGUACAGCAUGUGCCAUUUAAGACCUCGGACGGGUCUCUCAAGGUUUUGCUAUUACAUGGGAAUUUAGAUAUUUGGGUCGAAGAGGCUAAGAACCUUCCUAAAAAUGAUUUGUCUUUGGAGAAAUUCGGGAAGAUGUUUUCCGGAUUGAGCUGCAAAAUUGAAAAACACAUCCCUCAAAAGAUAGCAACUAAUUCACAUGUUACAAGUUCAGUAUUCAAGGCCAAGAGAUUCGGGAAGAAGGUUGCCGGAGUCAGCAGCAAAAUUGAAAAGCACAUCCCCACAAGUGAAAACCGCAUCCCUCACGGGAUGAAAACUGAUCCAUAUGUUACAAUUUCAGUAUCCAAUGCUGUUAUUGGGAAAACUUUUGUCAAAAAUGACGAAGAGAACCCGGUUUGGAUGCAGCACUUCUGUCUUCCUGUUGCUCACUAUGCUGCAGAGGUGCUCUUUGUUGUUAAAAACAAAAAGCUUGUGGGUUCUGAAACCAUCGGCGUUGCUAUGGUACCGGUGGAGCAAAUAUAUUCAGGCAUAAAAGUUGAAGGUACCUUCCCACUCAUUAAUUCGAGUGGGAAGCCAUAUGAGCCUGAAAGUGUCUUGAUCAUAUCAAUCCAAUACACUCCCAUUGAUAAAGUGGCCUGGGACCAUGUUGGGGUUCCAGAUGCCUAUUUUCCGCUUAGGAAAGGUGGAAAGGUUACACUUUAUCAAGAUACCCAUGUCCCUGAUGAGGGUUGCCUUCCAAAUUUGAAUCUUGAACAUGGUAUUCAGUAUGAACAUGGUGAUUGUUGGCGCGACAUCUCUGAUGCAAUAAGUCAGGCCCGCCAUUUGGUAUACAUUACAGGCUGGUCUGUGUACCAUAAAGUUAGACUUGUCCGGGGCAAGGACAAUGCAACAGAUUGCAAUUUAGGAGACCUUCUUAAAACCAAGGCACAAGAGAAAGGUGUCAAAGUGCUGCUCCUUUUAUGGGAUGAUCCAUCUUCGUUAAGGAUUUUCGGUCACAUAAGGGAGGGAAAAAUGCAUACCCAUGAUGAGGAGACUUGUGUUUUUUUCAAACAUUCUUUAGUGAAAGUGCUACCUUGCCGCCGUUCUUUUGGAAAUGCACAUAGCAUCGUCAGAAAGCAGGAAUUAGGAAAAAUCUACAGCCAUCACCAGAAAACUGUGAUUGUGGAUGCUGAUGCAGGUCAUGGCAAGAGAAAGAUCAUAGCAUUUCUUGGAGGUCUCGAUCUAGCGAUGGGUCGAUAUGAUACUCCAAAACACCCUAUUUUAAGCACAUUACAAACUGUGCACAAAGAUGACUACCAUAAUCUUACUUUCAAGAAGCCUGCUGUUGGUUGUCCAAGACAACCGUGGCAUGAUUUACACUGCCGAAUUGAUGGUCCGGCAGCAUAUGAUAUCCUCAACAACUUUGAGCAGCGUUGGUUAAAGGCCUCAAUACCUAGUGGACUACGAAAAGUAAUAGUAUCAUCACAUAAUGAUUCAUUACUUAAAACUGAAAGUAUUUCUGAUAUCUUAGGAAUGGACGAUGUGCUUCGCCUGAGAGAGGAUGAUCCUGAGGCUUGGCAUGUCCAGGUUUUUCGUUCAAUUGACUCCAACUCGGUUAAGGGGUUUCCAGAAGACCCAAAAGAUGCAACAGAAAUGAACCUGGUAUGUGGUAAGAAUGUACUGAUAGACAUGAGUAUCCAUACAGCAUAUGUAAAGGCAAUUCGUGAUGCCAAACAUUUCAUUUAUAUUGAGAACCAGUACUUCCUUGGGUCGUCAUAUAACUGGACUAAUCACCAAGACUUGGGUGCAAACAAUUUAAUUCCGAUGGAAAUUGCUCUCAAAAUUGCUAACAAAAUUAGAGCAGACGAGAGGUUUUCAGCCUAUAUUGUCAUCCCAAUGUGGCCAGAGGGUGAUCCUACAAGUUGUGUUACUCAACAAAUUCUCUAUUGGCAGUAUAAUACAAUGCAAAUGAUGUAUGAAGAAAUAUACAAGGUUUUACAAGAGGUAGGGCUUGACAACAAAUAUGAACCUCAAGACUAUCUGAAUUUCUUCUGCCUUGGCAAUCGUGAGGCUCAAGACACGGAAAGCACUUCAAAUCAUAGAAAUCCUUUCGCCUCAAAAACUCCUGAAGAACUCACUACAAAAUAUCGACGCUUCAUGAUUUAUGUCCAUUCAAAAGGAAUGAUAGUGGAUGAUGAGUACGUUAUAUUGGGGUCUGCAAAUAUCAACCAACGUUCCUUAGAAGGCACUAGAGACACUGAAAUUGCGAUGGGUGCUUAUCAACCUCGGUAUACUCGGGCGAGCAAAUGCUAUAGUCCCCAUGGACAGAUCUAUGGGUACAGAAUGUCACUAUGGGCAGAGCACAUUGGUUUUCUCGAGGAAUGUUUUGAGCAACCUGAUAGUCUUGAAUGUACGAGACGAGUAAGGUCACUGAGUGAGCUGAACUGGAAACAAUAUGUUGCUGAUAAAGUUACUGAAAUGAAGGGUCACCUUCUUAAGUACCCGGUUGCAGUUGAUCCAACAGGCAAGGUGAAGCCUCUUCCUGGUUGUGAAACAUUUCCAGAUGUGGGGGGAAACAUUGUGGGAACAUUUAGAGUCACAGAAUCUAUCACCAUUUGAUCACCCUUGGUCACCAACCUCCUCUUGUUAAGCUUUUCUAAUACAUGACGCAAAAUUCUGCUCAAGUUCUGGUUGAACCAGUGUCUCAUGUAUCCAUUAUUUUAUUGUACUUUCUAUUUUCAGGGGGCAAUUUCUGUUAGGAAACGUGCUAGUUUUAAAAACUUUUCGAGGGAUUUUCAUUCACA